AUGUCCAAGUUUCUUCCUCACACUCUAGGUCUCGGCACCGUGGGCGUGGCCUCUUUCUUCUGGGGCCGCCUGAGCCAGCCUACGCCUACGACCCAGGAACCGCCUUCCAAAACCAGCCCCAAUUUGCCUGCUCCUGUUGGAUCUCCAGCUCUUUCGCCAGUAUCUGUGCAACCUGACGGUUUCUACAAAUACGGCUUCCCCGGCCCGAUCCACGACCUCCAGAAAAACAGCGAGUUCAUCUCGUGCUACGACAGACUGACGAGAAACCCCUACUGGAUCUUGGAGCACAUCACCAAGGAUUCGGUCAGAAGAGCAGACGGAGUCGACAGAAAGAAGCUGGUUUUCAAGGAGGACGAGAGCAUACCGCUCAAGUUCCGUGCUCGUCUCCGAGACUACUUCCGUUCAGGCUACGACAGAGGCCACCAGGCGCCAGCGGCUGAUGCUAAGUUUCUGCAGCAGGCCAUGGACGAGACCUUCUUGCUCACCAACAUGAGUCCUCAGGUCGGAGAGGGCUUCAACCGUGACUACUGGGCGCAUUUUGAAGAUUUCGUCAGGAGACUCACGGGCCGCUACGAUAACGUCCGUGUCAUGACGGGUCCAUUGUACUUGCCCAAGAAGUGCAGCGAUGACAAGUUCAGAGUGACAUACGAGGUGAUUGGCUCGCCACCAAACAUCGCUGUUCCCACUCAUUUUUUUAAGCUUGUGGUCGGAGAAGCCAAUGGCAGUGAUAAGAUCUCUGUGGGUGCGUUCGUGUUGCCCAACGAGCCUAUCGCCAAUGAGCAGCCCUUGACGGCGUUCCAGGUGCCUGUGGAGGCGCUUGAGCGGAGCACGGGUCUUGAGUUGUUGCAAAGAGUGCCUUACUAUAAUAAGAAGGAUCUUUGCAAGGAGGUGAAAUGUGAGAUUGUGGUGAGGGAGUUUCCCAAGCAGGUGAAUAGCGUGUUGGGAUUGCCCGGCAAUCAUCCACAAGCUAGAAUGAGCACAACACACCGCCAGCUAGCCCUAUCCCACGGGUCCAUAGAACACACCAUCUUGGUCCCCACAGAGCUCUUCUUCAAGUACUCCCAGUUGAAGGAGCAGUUUGUGAAGACUUUGCCCGUUCCAACAGAGGGUUUCGCUUCUGACGAAGAACCCGCUUCUCCUGCCGAGCUUUUUGCCAAGUUUGUCGGCUUCACCGCCUCUUUGGUGGACCCUGCUGUCGAAGGUGAGUUCAACGAGAUCUUGACAGCCGUCUUGCUGGAAUUCCAGUCCAGAUUCUUCCCUAAUUCCGAUAUCCACAGCUUUGCCGCCCAGUUGCUUGCUGACGAGACCUACCCCACCACAGCUGCCAAAACCAAGGAAGUCAUCAAGCACUACUUCGAUGCGGUCCUUUCUUCAAACACCACCAUUCCAAGACAGCUGUCUGACUUGGUGCAAAGCUCUGCCCGCCGCUUGGCCAAGACCGUUGCCAUUUUCGGUGGUCAGGGUAACACAGACGACUACUUUGAGGAGUUGAGAGAGCUCAAUUACAUGUACCACGGGCUUCUUGCCGAAUUGCUCCAGAAAAUUGCCUCCAAGUUGACUCUGUUGGUGAAAUCCACCUCCAACGUCGACAAAAUCUACACCCAGGGCUUUGACAUCUUGAAGUGGUUGAAGCUGCCUGACCAGACACCCGACCAGGAGUACUUGUUGAGUGUACCUGUUUCGUGCCCAUUGAUCUGUGUGAUCCAGUUGUGCCACUAUGCUGUGACAUGUAAGACAUUGGGUAUCACGCCUGGCGAGUUCAGAGACGCCUUGGUCGGUGCUACCGGUCACUCUCAAGGUUUGGUUACUGCCGUUGCCAUUGCCAGUUCUGAUGACUGGGAGUCUUUCACUGAAAACUCCAUCAAGGCUGUUUCCUUGCUUUUCUUCAUCGGUGCCAGAUGUCUCAUGACCUACCCUAGAACUUCCUUGCCUCCUACGAUGUUGCAGGACUCCUUGGAGAACGGUGAAGGUAGACCAUCUCCUAUGUUGUCUGUGAGAGACUUGUCUCUUUCCGAAGUUGAGAACUUUAUCAAACAGACCAACGCCCACUUGCCAUCCGAGAAACACGUUGCCAUCUCCUUGGUAAACGGUGGCAGAAAUAUGGUUGUUUCUGGUCCUCCAGAGUCGCUUUACGGUUUGAACUUGACCUUGAGAAACAACAAGGCUCCAUCUGGUUUGGACCAGGCCCGUGUGCCAUUUUCCGACCGUAAGAUGAAGUUUUCCAACCGUUUCUUGCCCAUCUUUGCUCCUUUCCACUCCCACCUUCUUGAGCCAGCUACCGAUAUGAUUUUGGCUGAUGUGCAAAACGAUGGCUUGGAGUUCUCUGCUUCUGACCUCAAGAUCCCCGUCUACGAUACCUACUCUGGUGAGAACUUCCAGGACUCCAAGGGCGAUGUUGUCGACAGACUCACCAAGUGCAUUACCGAGUUGCCUGUCCACUGGGAAACCGCUACCAACUUCGACAGCACCCACUUGUUGGAUUUCGGCCCUGGAGGCGUUUCCGGUUUGGGUGUUUUGACCCACAGAAAUAAGGAAGGUACGGGAGCCCGUGUGAUUAUUUCUGGUGCCAUUGACACCAACCAGGACGAUGAGUACGGUUUCAAACAGGAGAUUUUCAACAGAACCCAGAGCUCCAUCAAAUGGGCUCCCAACUGGUUGGACGAGUACAGACCUAAAUUGGUGAAAACCAAGGCCGGCAAGGUUUUCGUCGACACCAAGUUUUCCAGACUUCUUGGAAGAGCUCCAUUGAUGGUGCCUGGUAUGACUCCUACCACCGUCAACACCGACAUUGUUUCCGCUACCAUCAACGCCGGUUACCACAUUGAAUUGGCUGGAGGUGGCUACUUCGAGCCAAGAGGCAUGGAAAGAGCUUUGAGAGAAAUCGCCAGCAGAGUUACCCCAGGUUCCGGUAUCGGUAUCAACUUGAUCUACGUCAACCCUAGAAUGUUGCAGUGGGGUAUUCCCUUGAUCAAGGAAUUGAGAGCAAAGGGUUUCCCUAUCCAGUCCUUGACCAUUGGUGCCGGUGUUCCUUCCUUGGAGGUUGCCACAGAGUACAUUGAGGAAUUGGGCUUGACCCACUUGGGCUUGAAGCCAGGUUCCAUUGAUUCCAUCAACCAGACCAUCGCUAUUGCCAAGGCCCACCCUAACUUCCCUAUUGUGCUUCAGUGGACCGGUGGUAGAGGUGGUGGUCACCACUCUUACGAGGACUUCCACCAGCCUGUUUUGCAGAUGUACGCUAAGAUCAGAAAGUGCUCCAACAUCGUUUUGGUUGCCGGCUCUGGUUUUGGUUCUGACGAAGAGACUUACCCAUACUUGACUGGUUCUUGGUCCAACGAGUUCAACUACCCACCAAUGCCAUUUGACGGUGUCUUGUUCGGUUCUAGAGUCAUGACUGCUAAGGAAGCACACACCUCUUUGGCUGCCAAGCAGGCCAUUGCUGAAUGUACCGGUAUUGCUGACGGCAAGUGGGAAAGCACUUACAAGAAGCCCACUGGAGGUAUCAUCACUGUCAGGUCCGAGAUGGGUGAGCCUAUCCACAAGCUCGCUACUAGAGGUGUGAUGCUCUGGAAGGAGUUGGACGAGACCAUUUUCAACUUGCCCAAGAACAAGCUUUCUGAGGCCUUGACCAAGAAGAAGGACUACAUCAUUGGCAGAUUGAACAAGGACUUCCAGAAGCCCUGGUUCGGCCGUAACGCCCAGGGCGUUUGUGACUUGGAGGACAUGACUUACCAGGAAGUUGCCAACAGAAUGAUCGAGUUGAUGUUCGUGAAGAAGUCCGAGCGCUGGAUCGACGUUUCCUUGAGAAACUUCAUGGGUGACUACCUCAGAAGAGUCGAGGAGAGAUUCACCUCUGCUUCCGAGAAGCAGUCCUUGAUCCAGAACUUUGGCCAGUUGGAGAAGACCCCUCAAGCUUUCGUGGACAAGUUCUUCGACUCCUUCUCUUUGGCCAAGACCCAGUUGAUCUCUGAGGAGGACUGUGACUACUUCUUGAUGUUGUGUGCCAGAGCCGCCCAGAAGCCUGCUCCAUUUGUGCCUGUUUUGGACGAGAGAUUUGAGUUUUUCUUCAAGAAGGACUCUCUUUGGCAGUCGGAGGACCUCGAGUCUGUUGUCGACGAGGAUGUCCAGAGAACCUGUAUUCUUCACGGUCCAGUUGCUGCUCAGUUCACCAACAAGGUUGACGAGCCAAUCAAGGAUAUUUUGGAUGGCAUUCACGAGGGUCACAUCAACAGAUUGGUCAAGGACGACUACGAAGGUGACUUUUCCAAGAUUCCUGUUGUCGAGUACUUUGGUGGCCAGGCUCCAGCUGUUCCUGAAUCCGUUUCUGGUGUGACCAUCGAGAAGUCUGGUGACAAGACCACUUACAAGAUUGGCUCUUCUGUUCCAGACCAGUCUGAAUGGCUCAAGUUGUUGGCUGGCUCUCAAUUGAGCUGGUUGUACGCUUUCAUCAGCUCUGAGAGAGUUGUCCAGGGAAUCAACCAUGUUGCCAACUCUGUCAAGGACAUUUUGGGACCUGCUUCCAACACCGAGGUGGUGAUCUCCAACGCUGGUUCUGAAAAAGCCAACCUUUCUGUUUUCGAGGCCGUCGAGGGUGACGCUAAGAAGGUUGCUGAGAUCAAGUUGAACUCUGAGGGCUUGAUCCAGAUGUCUUUGAUCGAACACAGAACUGCCGACAACAAGCCUGUCGAAUUGCCUUUCCUUUACAAGUACGUUCCAGAGGACGGCUUUGCUCCAAUCUCUGAGGUGAUGGAGGGCAGAAACGACAGAAUCAAGGCUUUCUACUGGAAGUUGUGGUUCGGUUCCGAUGUUCCUGUUGAUUUGGAUAUCAACGUGGACCAAGUCAUUCCAGGUGACAAGGUUACCAUCAGUGGUAAGGAUAUUUCCGAGUUUACCCACGCCAUUGGUAACACCUGUGAUGCCUUCAUUCCUAGACCAAACAAGCCUACCUUGGCUCCUAUGGAUUUCGCCAUUGUGGUCGGCUGGAAGGCUAUCAUGAAGGCCAUUUUCCCAAAGACUGUGGAUGGUGACUUGUUGAAAUUGGUGCACAUGUCCAACGGCUACCGUAUGAUUCCUGGUGCCGAGCCAUUGAAGAAGGACGAUGUUGUUUCUUCUGAUGCUCUCAUCAAGGCCGUUUUGAACCAGCCUUCUGGUAAAAUGGUCGAAGUCGUGGGCACCAUCACCAGAGAGGGCCGUCCUGUCAUGGAGGUCACCUCCCAAUUCUUGUACCGUGGUGAGUACGAGGACUUCGAGAACACUUUCCAAAAGGUCACCGAGGACCCAUUCCAGAUUGCCUUCAAGUCUGCCAAGGAUUUGGCUAUUUUGAGAUCCAAGGAAUGGUUCCACUUGGAGAAGGACGUGGAGUUGCUUAACCAGAUCUUGACUUUCAGAUGUGAAUCUACUUACAAGUUCAAGGCCGCUGGUAUUUACUCCUCUAUCAAGACCGUCGGUGGUGUUUUCUUGGAGUUGCCUACCAAGGAGGUUAUCCAGGUUGGUUCCAUCGACUACGAGGCUGGUGUCUCUUUCGGUAACCCAGUGAUUGACUACUUUUCCAGAAACGGUAACACCAUUGAGCAGGCUGUGAAGUUCGAGAAUGCUAUCCCACUUUCUUCUGGUGAGGAGUUGACCUCCAAGGCUCCCUCUACCAACGAGCCUUACGCUAAGGUUUCUGGCGAUUACAACCCUAUUCACGUUUCUCGUGUUUUCGCUUCUUACGCCAAGUUGCCAGGCACCAUCACCCACGGUAUGUACUCUUCCGGAUCGAUCAGAUCUUUGGUUGAGCAGUGGGCUGCCAACAGUGUCGCUUCCAGAGUCAGAGCUUUCAAGGCUGAUUUCGUCGGCAUGGUAUUGCCAAACGACAUUCUUCAGACUUCCUUGGAGCACAUUGGUAUGAUCAACGGUCGUAAGAUCAUCAAGGUUGAGACCAGAAACGUUGAAACCGACACUCCAGUGUUGAUGGGUGAGGCUGAGAUUGAGCAGCCUGUCACCACCUAUGUCUUCACUGGUCAGGGUUCUCAGGAACAAGGUAUGGGUAUGGACUUGUACAACUCUUCUGAGGUUGCUCGUGAGGUUUGGGACCGUGCUGACCGUCACUUUGUUGACAACUACGGUUUCUCCAUUCUCGACAUUGUGAAGAACAACCCUAACGAGUUGACCGUUCACUUUGGCGGUGCAAAGGGUAGAAAGAUCAGAGACAACUACAUCUCCAUGAUGUUCGAGACGAUUGGUGAGGACGGUGAGAUCAAGUCGGAGAAGAUUUUCAAGGAAAUCGACCACACCACCACUUCUUACACUUUCCUUUCGCCAACUGGUUUGUUGUCCUCCACCCAGUUCACCCAGCCUGCUUUGACCUUGAUGGAGAAGGCUUCCUACGAGGACAUCAAAUCCAAGGGUUUGGUGCCAUCGGACGUUAUGUUUGCCGGUCACUCGCUCGGUGAAUAUUCUGCCCUUUCUUCCUUGGCCAAUGUCAUGCCAAUUGAGUCUCUUGUGGAUGUCGUUUUCUACAGAGGUAUGACCAUGCAAGUCGCUGUCCCUAGAGACGAAUUGGGAAGAUCCAACUACGGUAUGUGUGCUGUCAACCCAACCAGAGUCAGUCCUACUUUCAACGAUGCUGCCUUGAGAUUCGUUGUUGAUGAGGUUGGUGCUAAGACCGGCUGGUUGUUGGAGAUUGUGAACUACAACGUCGAAAACACCCAGUACGUUACUGCCGGUGACUUGAGAGCUUUGGACACCUUGACCAACGUCUUGAACGUGAUCAAGUUGAACAAGAUCGACAUUGUGAAGUUGCAGGAGCAAAUGUCCUUGGAGGAUGUCAAGGGCCACUUGAAGGAGAUCAUCGACGAGGUUUCCGCCCAAUCGCUUGCCAAGCCUCAGCCAAUUGAUUUGCAGAGAGGUUUCGCUGUGAUCCCAUUGAAGGGUAUUUCCGUGCCUUUCCACUCGUCUUACUUGAUGUCUGGUGUGAAGCCAUUCCAGAGAUUCUUGUGCAAGAAGAUUCCAAAAUCUUCUGUCAAGCCAAACGACUUGAUCAACAAGUACAUUCCAAACUUGACUGCUAAGCCUUUCGAGAUUACCAAGGAGUACUUCGAGGAGGUUUACCAGUUGACCAAGUCUGAGAAGCUUAAGAGCAUCAUCGACAACUGGGAGUCGUAUGAGAAGGCUUAA